AUGGAAGCCACACCGGAAAACAAACCAACUCCGGUCAACCUCGCCCAACACACCUACUUCAACCUCGCCGGCCACAACUCCGGCACCACCAUCCUCAACCACACCGCCCAAAUCUUCGCAAACCACAUCACGCCAGUCGACGAAACCCUAAUCCCAACCGGCGAAAUCAAACCUGUGGCCAAAACCCCGUUCGAUUUCACUACAGAGAAGAGAAUCGGGGCUUCGAUUAAUGAAAUCGGAUUAGGGUAUGACCAUAAUUACGUUCUCGAUAGCGGGGAAGAGAAAUUAGGGUUGAAACGCGCUGUGAAAUUGAAGGAUCCGGUGAGUUCUAGGGUUUUGAAUUUGUGGACGGAUGCUCCUGGAAUGCAAUUUUAUACGGGGAAUUAUGUGAGUGGGGUUGUGGGGAAAGGGGGAGCGGUUUAUGGGAAGCAUUCGGGGGUGUGUUUGGAGACACAAGGGUUUCCGGAUUCUGUUAAUAAAGAGAAUUUUCCGUCUGUAGUGGUUCAGACAGGUGGGAAGUAUAGGCAUAGGAUGGUUUAUGAGUUUUCGGUUGAAUGA